AUGAAUCCAAUUUCAUAAAAAUUAAUUGUGAUAAAGGACGAGGAAAACAAUUUAGAAUCUAAAAUUUAAUUUAAGAUAGAUUUAUACUCUUAAUCCUUAGUAGCUAAGCUUGGUUAAUUAUAACAAAAUGAUAUAUAAACUUAAUCUAAGAAGUAAGUGCAUUUAUUGAUGAAAGAUGUUUUAAAGUAUGUUAGAAUACUAAAUUAGAAGUUGAGACUUGUACAAGUAGAAUAUUUAAGUAUAUUUAGAAAAUUGUUUCAAUAAGCAUAAUUAAUUAUUGGAAUAUCACAAAAGUUCAGAAUUUAUGGGCAUAUUUAAAAAGUCAUCUAAUUGA